AUUGGAAAAGCAUGGGUUGUAUACAUCAGAAAUCGAUUUGAAUAGAAGUUUUGUACAGAUACAAUAUUGGACUUAUCCAAGUUACCGUAAACAUUACAUUGUCAUGUAUUUUGACAAUGUUUGCAUUUAAAAUUCACAUGUAUUGAUGUAUAAAUGAUAGGUUGGGUUAAGUAAAUUUUUAACCGUUGAAUCUCUUUUAAGUUUAAAUAAUCGAUACCAAAUAAGUAAUUUGCUAGCUAGAAUGGCAUUCACUCGGAGAUGUGUGCAUUUGGCAUACUGAGUACAUAUAUGACGUUUAGUUGCAUAAAACAGAAUUUAUUAGAUGGGUGAUACUCGAUUUAAAUCAUAAUAUAAGACAGAAAAUUAAAACAUUUGAUUUCAUGAUGGUUAAAUAACAAAGAAAGAUACAAUAUGAAUAAAGAACAUCGAAAAAGGAUUACUCAGAAUUUGACAUAUCUGAAAGAAAGAAUGUUAGAUUUAGAUCCACUGUUGGAUUGUCUUAUUGAACGAGAUGUGUUUCAGUUAGAGCAUCGUUCCAGGAUUGAUGCUGCAACUCCACCUACUCCUCAGAGAAAGUUUAAUGAAUUCAUUCAGUUGUUACUGUCAUCAUCGCACCCUGCAGCAUACCAUGCCUUUCUGGAAGCACUUCAAAAUGAGCGACAGUUUUAUGUGGUGGAGAGACUUCAAAAUACAGUGGUCAAGCUGGAUAAUGCGUCAAUGAGAGCAAAGACUCCCCACAAGAGGCAACCAGUUCAAACGAUAGAGCCAGCACUUGCCAGUGGAUAUGCACAUAUGGACCAAGUUGCUUCUGUUAUGUCAAAAGUCCUAUCUGAAUUUAGCGGAAAGUUAACCGAGGAACUAGUUACAAAUUUUGAAAAAAGAAGAGAAGAUGAUAUACGAGAGAUGGAAGAAAAUAUGGAGGCCAAACUGGGGAAAUUCAGUGAACAAUGGGAACAUGAGAAGAAACAAAUGCUACUACAGAAUGACAGUGCCAUAAAAUCUCUACAAGAUGGAAUCGAAAGUCUACAACGAAAACAAAACGAAUGUGAAAAACUAAAAUUGAAAUAUGACCAACUGAAACAACACCAGAAGGAUUUGAGAGAAAAGGAAAACGAACGUUGGCAAAAACUGACACAAUCAAACUUAGAAAAUUCUCAACUAAAAGCCGAAAAUACACUGUUGAAAGAAGAAAUUGAUCGAUUAAAAGAUAAAAUAGAAGAACUUCAAGAUGAAGCAUCAACAGUCAGAAAAGGAAAACUAAAUUCAGAUAGUGAGGCCAAACAUUUGCUGACUGAGAACAGGAACCUUAGAACAGAACUAGACGAAAAAGAAAAAGAACGUGAUGAUUUGAAACGAGAUAUCGAGAAUGCCUAUGAGAGAAUUCACGAGAUUAUACGCGUUCAGAAAGAAAAAUCUACAGCCGAGGAUUCAACUUAUAAAACGGUUCUAGAUAAACAGAAUCAAAAGUUGUCAGAAAUAUACGACGCUGUUAAUGCUUUGUCUGCUAGAGAUAGGUUGAAUCAGAUAAAAUCAUCCGGAGCCCCAAGGACAUUAUUCAUUGGCGGGAAUGCCGUCCAAAGGUCAAACAGAUCUAAUAAAUCAUAAUUUGAAAAUAGUUUUUCCACUAAGAGUGAUCAAGUGAUCAACAAUAAGGGAGGAAAUCUCUUAAUAUUUUUAUUUGUUUUUAAAAAGCAUUGCAACUGUAAUCUUUUCCCGUUUUAAAUGAAAGAAACACAUACAUGUGCAUUGCUUUAAAAUUCUAAUAAAAUAGGAGUGAAAAUCUGUAGAAAUCACCCGCAUAAAGGCUCAGCGACGUAUUCUAGCAUAACUUAUAUUCAAAUGUUGUAAGAGUUUAUGUGAAAAGAUCCCCUAGUGGGCUUUCAAUCAAUUGGCGUCGUCCUUCGUCGUAACUUUUUUAUAUUUUUCAAAAUUGUCAUAUAUGGAGUGAAAUUAGACUGUGUGUAAAUGUUUCUUGGUUGGUAUAUCUAGUUUAUUAGUUGAAUUCGAUAUUUUUGAUUCAUUGUCAGACAAAUCGCCAAUGGCUUAAACUAGAACACAGGAGUUAUGCCGUGGCUUGUUUCUCUUUUUUAAAUUGACUCUACGGUUCUGUUUUUUUUUUUUUUGCCUCCUUAAAGAAUGGACAUAAUGAUUUGGGGCAAUCUUAUAAUUUUUAUUUAGCAUAUUUUUUUUCUACCAGCAAGGUUCUAUUGAGUAAACAAAAUGCAAAAUGUUGAUCUAUCAUAUUUGGAUUUGUAUUGAUCAACAGACGAUUUUGAUUAAACAAAUUAAAUCCAAGUAUAAACCUAUAUUUUUUUCAUAUUACUUUUUUAAUCAAAUAGUUGAUGUUUUAUUGUUGAAGAUUUUAUUCUGGUAUAGAGGACAAUCUGUUCAGCUCGGAUAAACAUGCAGCAUUCGAUGUUUUUCAAUGUUCUCCUAGAAUUUAUUUUUAUACAAUUCAACUGCAAGUGUUCGGAGGGGUCUGAAUCCAUGUAUUCUUUACCGAUUCACCAUACUACACUACUGUAUAGAGCAAUAGACACAAGAGAGUCAAAUACUUGCAUUAGUCAUGCUCAGUACAAAUAGGUAUAAGGGGAGGUAACUCAUAUUUAUAUGAAUACUGUGUGUUGUAGCAAGAAAUUGCUGAAAGUGUCUAAUGAAAAUCCAAUGAACACUAUUUCCACAAACUUAAUUUUAAAGUAUUUUCAAACC